GUCAGUGGUCUGCAGUAGCGUUUGGUGAGUUUGCCACUAGCUUUUGUUCGGUAGACAUUAAACUAGCAAACGUUACCGAGUAGCUAUAGGUCUAUAUAUACACGGACAGUAAACAAUAUGAACAUACAAAUGUGACCAGCGACAAAUGGUUCAGCUCGAUAAAGAGAUAGAAAGAACUACAGUCAGACUAUAAACUGACACCAGCAUCUUCCUCCAUCACUGCUGCUACCCCCUCCAGUUGAACCACUGGUCCUAUUACUGCUUUCUUCCUUCUGUUUUCAACAUGGCAUCUAUGUUCCCACUCUGGAAGUGCCACUAACCCUAACUCUGGACUAUCACCAUGGAGAGGAAACGCAGAAAGAAAUUAAUCUAGCUGCUUUGGCCGUUUGCAAUAUGGACUUGUUUGUGGAGCUCUGGACCUGAGAUGCUCAGUCUCAACCACUGACCCUGAACUAGGUUUUUGCUUCUUGUUCUAUAUCUGAAACGGCACACUUGCUGCUGUUUUUUUUGAUAAGGACCUGGGCAAACUGAUUGUUUGUGUUAUUUCACAACUCAAAAUGCUGCUGCUUCCUGUGUGGGCCUCCAUGCUAUUGGGGCUGCUGGUGGGCUUCCUGCCUUUGGUGGGGAUGGAGCCAACGGGGGAAGCCAAAUCUAGUUCUGAUCCUGCUCCCAACCUAAAGCCUCCCCCCUUGUCAUCUUGUUCCAACUGCUCCUCCCAGUUGACCCUCAAACUGGAGUUUUCCACCAAGGUGGUAGAGCAUGAGUACAUUGUAGGAUUUACAGGAUAUUUCUCGGCCAAAGCUCGCAGCCUGUACAUCAACAGCGCCUUACGUAAUGGCGGUGACGGAGCUCUGGAGUGGCACAUCGUUCCCAGAGAAAACCCAGCAUCCGACUUCCCCAGUGACUUUGAGCUGGUCCACAUCAGUCAACCCUCACCCAGCAGCCUGAAGACCUUAGAGGACCACCCUUACAUCAAGAGGGUGACGCCUCAACGCCAAGUGUUCCGCGUGCUUAAAUAUGUUCCCACACCUGAGCCUGCUGCACCCUGGAAUGCCACACGGGGGAAACAAAAAUGGCAAUCUUGGCAAUCAUCCCGCCCUUUCAGACGAACCAGCCUGUCACUGGGCUCGGGGUUCUGGCACGCAACUGGUCGCCACUCCAGCCGGCGUCUGCUACGAGCAAUCCCCCGACAUGUUGCCCAGAUCCUUCAGGCAGACGUACUCUGGCAGAUGGGACACACAGGUUCUGGGGUGAAGGUGGCAGUGUUUGAUACAGGCCUGAGUGAGAAGCACCCACAUUUUAAGAACGUCAAGGAAAGGACCAACUGGACUAAUGAGAAGACACUAGAUGAUGGUCUGGGCCACGGUACAUUCGUAGCAGGAGUGAUAGCCAGUAUGAGAGAGUGUCAGGGCUUUGCCCCAGACUCCGAGCUGCACAUCUUCAGGGUGUUUACCAACAACCAGGUAUCAUACACCUCGUGGUUCCUAGAUGCCUUCAACUAUGCCAUCCUGAAGAAGAUUGAUGUUCUAAAUCUCAGCAUCGGGGGGCCUGACUUCAUGGACCAUCCUUUUGUUGAUAAGGUUUGGGAGCUCACUGCCAACAAGGUGAUCAUGGUGUCUGCUAUUGGCAAUGACGGACCUCUGUAUGGCACUCUGAACAACCCAGCAGACCAGAUGGAUGUGAUCGGGGUUGGAGGGAUUGACUUUGAGGACAACAUUGCAAGGUUUUCCUCUAGAGGCAUGACCACCUGGGAGCUUCCAGGGGGCUAUGGCAGGGUGAAGCCGGACAUUGUCACCUAUGGUUCUGGCGUCCGGGGAUCAGGGAUGAAGGAGGGAUGUCGCUCUCUCUCUGGCACCAGUGUGGCCUCUCCUGUGGUGGCUGGAGCUGUGACUCUCCUGGCCAGCACUGUCCUGAACAGGGAGUUGGUGAACCCGGCCUCAAUGAAGCAGGCUCUGAUUGCCUCAGCCCGCAGGCUGCCAGGGGUCAACAUGUUUGAGCAGGGCCAUGGGAAGCUGGACCUGAUCAGAGCCUACCAGAUCCUUAACAGUUACAGACCCCAGGCCAGUCUCUCUCCGAGCUACAUUGAUCUCACGGAGUGUCCAUACAUGUGGCCUUACUGCUCUCAGCCCAUCUACUAUGGAGGAAUGCCCACCAUCGUCAAUGUGACCAUACUCAAUGGCAUGGGUGUCACUGGCAGGAUUGUUGAUAAGCCCAUCUGGCAGCCCUACCUCCCCCAGAACGGGGACCACAUCGAUGUGGCUGUCUCUUACUCACCUGUGCUGUGGCCCUGGGCUGGUUACCUGGCUGUGUCCAUCUCUGUGGCUAAGAAGGCGGCAUCAUGGGAAGGGAUUGCUCAAGGUCAUGUGAUGGUCACAGUUGCAUCACCUGCAGAGAAUGACUCUGAGGUUGGUGGUGAGCUGACCUCCACAGUCAAACUGCCUAUCAAGGUGAAGAUUGUACCGACUCCCCCUCGCAGUAAAAGGGUGCUAUGGGACCAGUACCACAACCUACGCUACCCACCUGGCUACUUUCCCCGAGACAACCUGCGGAUGAAGAAUGACCCACUGGACUGGAAUGGAGACCACAUCCACACUAACUUCAGGGACAUGUACCAGCACCUGAGGAGUAUGGGAUACUUUGUUGAGGUGCUCGGAGCACCCAUCACCUGCUUCGAUGCCAGCCAGUAUGGCACUCUGCUGAUGGUGGACAGUGAAGAGGAGUAUUUCCCUGAAGAGAUCACCAAGUUGAGGAGAGACAUCGACAACGGCCUGUCACUCAUUGUCUUUAGUGACUGGUACAACACCUCAGUCAUGAGAAAAGUCAAGUUCUAUGAUGAAAACACCAGGCAGUGGUGGAUGCCAGACACAGGGGGCGCUAACGUACCAGCUUUGAACGACCUGAUCUCGGUGUGGGGAAUGGCUUUCAGUGAUGGGCUGUACGAGGGAGACUUCAGCCUUGCCGAGCAUGACAUGUAUUAUGCCUCAGGCUGCAGCAUUGCCCGUUUCCCAGAAGAUGGAAUAGUGAUUGCCAAGAACCUUAAGGACCAAGGUCUGGAGGUGUUAAAGCAGGAGACGGCAGUGGUGGAGGGUGUCCCCAUCCUGGGACUGUACCAAACCCCAUCAGAUGGCGGAGGUCGCAUUGUUCUGUACGGUGAUUCUAACUGUAUAGACGACAGCCACAGACAGAAAGACUGUUUCUGGAUGCUAGAUGCUCUCCUUCAGUACACUUCCUACAGUAUGACCCCUCCAAGCCUCAGCCACUCCCACAGUAGGGUAGCACCACCCACUGGAACAGAGCACCCACUGCCACAGAGACUGGAGGGCAAUCAUCUUUACCGCUACUCUAAGGUUCUGGAGGCUCACCUGGGAGACCCUAAGCCACGCCCACUGCCAGCCUGCCCCCACCUGUCUUGGGCAAAGCCACAGCCACUAAAUGAGACCGCACCAAGUAACUUAUGGAAGCACCAGAAGCUUCUCUCAGUUGAUCUGGACAAAGUGGCUCUACCCAACGUGAGGGCUUACCGUCCCCAGGUCAGACCUCUGUCUCCUGGGGAGAGUGGAGCCUGGGACAUCCCCGGAGGGAUAAUGCCAGGCCGCUAUAACCAAGAAGUGGGCCAGACCAUCCCCGUGUUUGCCUUCCUGGGAGCGAUGGUGGUAUUGUCCUUUUUCGUGGUGCAGCUGACAAAGACCAAGAGCAAACCCAAGCGCAGGAAACCCCGCAUCAAGCGCCCUACAUACCUCCAGCAGCAGCAGCAGACGACGACGGGUAAAACCCCCACAGUUUGACAUGGACUGCAACCCUGAAUUGCUACUGGAAAGCUGGGUUUACCUCCAAGACUGAGAUGUUAUUAAAAAAAGACAACUUGUGUUGUGAACAUCAGAGGGGUAGAACUCCAUGGAACUCUCAUGAACUGUUGAGGCAGAUGUCUGACUGGUCUGAAACUCAAAUCUGCUCUCAACAUGGACAAAUUGUGCCUCCAGGAGGCUGAAACUGUUUUUGUGCCUCUUGUCUUUUCAAGGCUCGUAAUUGGGUGUUUUGCUCCGUUUGUGGACUAAUGAGCAGUAUUAGAAAGUGUUCAACUCAUGUAAACACAAAACAAACCUCGCCCCCAUGAAAGCCUCUUUUAGACAAACUUGUGUACAUUUCCCCCUCUCUUCUUUGACCAAACUAUUUCUUUAUGAAUUAAAUUUGUCUGACUUUUA